AUGGGCUAUUGGACAGGCCAUAGGUGGGCAUGGCAGCUACAUUGGAGACGGGAAAGGUUCGAAUGGGAGAUACCGCUGGAGCAGCAAUUAAUGCAACGACUCUUGGAGUGUAAUCCUAGGGCGAGGCAGGUUGACUCAUGGUGGUGGUUGGGUGAACCGUCUGGAACUUAUACAGUCAGGUCUGCAUAUAGUGCCAUCACCUCUGAAGCUGAUGUAGGAUCCAAUAUUGGUGCACCUAGCAGUGUUUGGUCCAUCCCGGCACCACCAAAAGCUAAAAUUUUUGCUUGGAGAAUGAUGAGUAGGGGCCUCCCUACGGUGGAUAAUCUGGCUAGCAGGAGUAUUGUCUUAUCAGAAAAUGAUGCACUAUGUGUUUUUUGUAAGAGUGAUAUUGAAACUGAUUAUCAUUUGUUCUGCACCUGCCCGGUGGUUGACAAGGUAUGGAAGUACACAAGCUGUUUAUUGGCGUACGGUGUGGCUGGUAACUACUUGGAUAGUGUGGAGGACAAGGAAUCUAUGUAG